UCCCGGUGGACUUGGUUAGCUACUGUAGCAAGCAAGGCUCAGCGUUUUAGAUCUGAAGACGGAGAUUCGCAGAAAAGCUAAUAUAGCUUGUAAAUAAAAGUUUUAACUAGCUAGGUCCUCUUUUCCCAUCUAUCCCAGUCGUCACAUCCAUUAUCUUGGUACAGACAGAAGUUUUUUUCGGUUUUGGUUUUCGUUAAUUCCUUGGUGUAAAAUAACCUCAAAGAAAGCGGACUGAUGGAAGAAGGUGGAGGAAAGCAGAAAGGGGUGGAGUAAUGACGAGAAGAACGAUAGCCAACUUACUUGGCUUUCCCCCUUUUCCGAAGAGAACCAAGGAGGUUAUUCGGAGGGAGGAGUCCUGAAUGAACGACACGCGCUUCUGUAGUAGCAGCUAGCUGUAUCAAAUCAUGUCAGUGCAAGAGCUGGGAUUUCCAGUGUAUUACAGCGUGUACAAUUGCACUGGCUUAUGCUUGCUAUCUGAUUAAUUACGGAUAGUUUAAGACGACUUCGCUUUUUCCAGUUUGGUUUCAAUACCGUCAGGUGAUUGCCCUUGGCUAUCUUGCUUUCUCUUUUUUGAUUUUUUUUUCCUCCCCACCAUUUAUAGCAGCCAAAGAAGGGCUAGUAAUCAACCACCGUUUCUUUUUCUGUAACGGUGUUUCCAUUGGCGUAUCCUUCACUUGGCGGCAGUGUUGCGAGAUUGUCUCAUAUAAUUAGCUGGCUUGCUAGCGACGCUGCCACAUACCAUCAGAAGCACCCAAUAGGUACGAGUGUGGGCCGCUGUAACUGUCAGUUAGCCAGCUACUAGCUAGCUGGUCACUGUAUGAAACAUUUUCACCGCUACACCUCUGUGGAACUUUUGGCCUUCACAACCAUGAGAUCGAAGAGGAACUGAAGGAAUAAAAUUGUUUACAGCAACGGACACAGAGUUGAGCGAACCUUAGCGAUGGAAUUUCAAAGCUGCUGAAGAGCAGGAGAAAAAAAGAGUGGGAAGGAAAAUACAAAAAACAAAAGGCGGCAGCAAAGAAUUCCGGAGGAGGAGAAGGUUGCGCGAGGGAAGGAGAGCGAGGGAUCGUGGAGAAGAGGAGCGUCUGAGCGGCGGAGGGUGGGGUGCAUGAGGCCCUCUCCAGCGAGAGAGAGAGAAGCGUAGGCGAGCAUGCUCAGUAGACGGAGAGCGGGCGAGGGGGCGGGGCCGGGCGCCCUGUCGCCGGGCAGGACUGCCCUCCCGGCGCUGCUGUUGGCCCUGCUGGUCGCCGGGGCGCGGGGGGGCUGGCCCGAGGGCCAGGUGGAGGUGCUGGGGGAGCUGGAGGCCUCCAUGAGCUCCUCGCUGCUGGCCGACUGGCAGGAGGCGGUGGCCGACGUCGCCACGGCUACCCCGCCCGCCGCCGGCUUCCCGGACUCUUCGGCGGUGGUGGGCCGCGUGUUCCACAUGAAGGUGCCCCUGAAGAGCUGGCAGGCAGGCAGCGUGGUGAAGAUCACAGAGGCCGAUAAGGAUGUUUUACCGUCAUGGCUGCACUGGGACUUGGACAGCCACACCCUGCAGGGCAUUCCCCUGGAGGCAGACAAGGGUGUUCACUACAUUUCUGUGUCUCCAUCGGAGUCAAACGCCACAGAGAGCCAGGCCUCUCCCAGCCCGGACGUUUUCUCCAUAGAGGUGCAUCCGGAGGAGCACGCGGACUCCGACCCCGCCCAGAUCACCCUCCAGUCCGCCGGCAACGAGGUCCUGCCCUUCAUCUGCGGCAACGAGGAGGCGGUCACCGUCCUCACGGUCAUCCUGGACGCGGACCUGACCAAGAUGAGCGCCAGGCAGCGCGUGGAGCUCCUGACCAAGAUGAAGAAGUUCUCGGGCGUGGGCUUGCAGCACAUGAAGAUCCUGCCCGUGGUGAACAACCGGCUCUUCGACAUGUCGGCGUUCAUGGCCGGCCCCGGGAACGCCAAGAAGGUGGUGGAGAACGGCGCCCUGUUGUCAUGGAAACUGGGAUGCGCCCUGGACCAGAGCAGCGUGCCCAACAUCAGCAGCGUUCAGGCGCCCGCCAAGGAGGGGACCAUGUCAGCGCAGCUGGGGUACCCUGUGGUGGGGUGGCACAUCGCCAACAAGAAGCCGCACGUGGCCAAGCGCGUUAGGCGGCAGCUCAACAACACCCCGACCCCGGUACCAUCCAUCCUGCCCCCGACGACGUACCCCGAACCCCCUGUGCGCAUCGUGCCCACACCCACGUCCCCGUCCAUCGCCCCACCCACCGACAGCUCCGCCCCUCCCGUCAGAGAACCCGUGCCUCUGCCUGUAAAGCCCACCAUCAGGACCAGAGACUCCAUCGCCCACACGCCCACCCUGGGGCCUCCCCAGCCGACCAGGGUCAUGGACACCACCAGCACCAUCGCCAUCCAGGCUACCGUCACUAGGCCCGUGUUUGUGGAGGCCACGGCAUCUCCCACCCCAGCCACAUCCACCACCAGGAGGCCCAAAACCUCUACCUCCACCAAGAAGCCCAGGAAACCUAAGACUUCCACCCCGGCUCCCAGGGACACCAGGACCACCACCGCCAGGCCAACCAAGCACACUACCCCCUCGCCUGCGCUGCCUGACCCCAGCAACGGACCCCCGGUCCUGCGCAACCCCAUUGACAAGGUCAAUACCUUCGUGGGGACCUACUUCGAGGUGAAGAUUCCUUCGGACACCUUCUAUGACCGGGAGGACGGCACCACGGACAAGCUGAAACUGACGCUGCGGAAGAACCACAAGGAGGUGGCCGUGGAAGGCUCCUGGAUCCAGUUUAACAGCACCAGCCAGCUGCUGUACGGCAUGCCCGACGGGCAGCAAGUGGGCCUGCAUGAGUACUUCAUGCAGGCCACAGACAAGGGGGGCCUGAGCGCCACGGACGCUUUUGAGGUCCGGGUCAACCGCUGGCCCACCAGCGACAAGCCCCCGGUCCUGUUCAGCGUGCGUUUCGAGGGAGAGCCGCGCAUGAUCACCAACGACAUCCACAAGAAGAUCCAGCUGAUCAAGGGCCUGGCGCUCUCGUUCGGUGACCGCAACAGCAGCACGGUCACCCUGAAGAACAUCACCAAGGGCUCCAUCGUGGUGGCGUGGACCAACAACUCCCUGCAGCAGGACCCCUGCCCCAGAGAGCAGAUCCAGGCUAUGAGCGACAGGAUAUCGAACGCCACCGGCCAGCCGUCCGAAUCGUUCAUCAAGAACAUGGAGCCCGACUUCAAGCCCAUGAAUGUCAGUGUCAGAGGCACGGGCAGCUGCCGCAGGUAUGUGUUCGUACCCCCGGGGGAGGUUGACGAGGAUGCCCCGAUCCCUGUCACGCCCGCUCUGGGCACGGGGCGGCAGAGCACGGACGACGUGUACCUGCACACGGUCAUCCCCGCUGUGGUGGUGGCGGCCAUCUUGCUGAUCGCCGGCAUCAUUGCCAUGAUCUGCUACCGCAAGAAGCGCAAGGGCAAGCUAACCAUCGAGGACCAGGCCACGUUCAUCAAGAAGGGCGUGCCCAUCAUCUUCGCGGACGAGCUGGACGACUCCAAGCCCCCGCCCUCCUCCAGCAUGCCUUUGAUCCUGCAGGAAGAGAAGCCUCCCCUGCCCCCGCCCGAGUACCCUAACAUGGCCAGCCCCGAGACCACGCCCCUCAACCAGGACCUUUUGGGAGAAUACACGGCCCUGCGGGACGAGGACCCCAACGCGCCCCCCUACCAGCCCCCACCACCCUUCACCACCCCCAUGGAGGGGAAGGGCUCUCGCCCAAAGAACAUGACCCCCUACAGAUCCCCACCACCGUACGUGCCCCCCUAGUGUUGACCUAAGCCUCCAGCCCAGGAGGAGAAGGGACGUCUUUGGUUCCACGCCAGUGUUGUCUGUCUGGGGGAGAGGGGUUUGGGAAAUAGGGCAGGGGGAAGGAUUCGACAAAAUGGGAGCGAGCUAGGGGGGUGUUGACAGGAUGGGGGUGGGGUGGGUGGGUCAGCUGGAAAAGGGGGAGGAAGGGAAGAAAGUAGGUUCUCACCUGUAAGGGUCUCCAUGGCGACCUUCUUCAGUCUCACAUACUUUGGCUACAUGAGCUGAAUAGCUACUAAGGGAGAUGCUCCCUCCUGCCCAACGCUUUUUGUUUUCUUUUUUCCUUUUUGUCUUUAUCGGUUUUCUUUUUCUUUUUUUUGACUGACUUUGAAUCAAACUCUACUUGCCUAACAGCACUCUUUUAUCUUCUGAACUCUUUCUUUUAAAUAAUACAAGAAGACAAUAAAAACAGACUGCAGGCUGCAAAGUUUUUUGUUAGAGGGAAAAAAAAAAUCACGUAAGGGGGAAAAAAAAAAUUAAUAAUAAAGAAACGAAUACCGCCAGGAACCUGGACAGCCCUGCGGGCAGCACUGGGGUUGGGUUUUUGAUUCAAUAAGUUUUGCCUUUUAACACUAAUUGUACUGUUUUUAUCCUUAUUCACGUGUCUAGCUAAAACGAUCAUAACAAUUAGCCUAAAAAUGUAAAAAGAAAGGAAAAAAAUCUUUUUUCAGUUAAUCCGCUCUAUAUCUGAAAGAUGUUCUGCUAGAUUGUAUUUUUUGGGGGGUGGGUGGGAAUAAGUACCGGACUGAAAUAACCUGCAGGAAAGCAGUUUUUCCCGCCGAAACGGCGCGUGUGCACACGGUCAGAACAGGCACUCGCGCGUGGUUUCCACCGACACAUCUCUUCUGCUGCCGAGUGAGGUAUCGUAGGUUCAAUGCUGGGGGUCGGCAGAGCAACACAUUGCAAAAAAAAAGAAAACAAAAUGUGAUUUGACAUUGAGAUGAGGUCAGAGGUCAUGCUUAUGGAGGCACAGCGAGCUGUACAGGCAUAGCAGGCCCUGCGGACAGAGCCGACUUACUGAAAAAUAGCAAAAAGCCCGUUUUCCCCACAAAAUGGCGUUCUUCAACUUCAUUCUUAAUUUCAUUGCGGUAUGAUCAUAAUUUUAUGCCAUUUUCUUCGUCUUUAUGUGGCAUUGCAACAAGUGUCUUGUACAUAAUGGUGUGCCUGUGACAAUAAAUGAUUAUAUUGAUAUUUUUUCAAAAAGUCAUGAUGAGCCCAUAAAGUUUGUGUAGACAGAGUAGAGAGGGGAAAACUCUCCUGCAGUUUAUUUUAGUUAAGGGGUGAUUAUUUUUUUAUGUAGUGAUGCUCUUGUUCUCACAUUUGAAAAGAAAGUCCAUUCAGAUUCUAUCAUUGUGUGUUUGCGAUCUGUCUGCGAUUCAGAAGUCGUGAUUCCCACUAGAGAAAGGAGAACAGCGCCACACGCUAAUGGGAAUUUAAUGAGCAAAAUCGGUAAAUACAAAUAAAAAAAGAUUAUAUAAACCUCAAUCUCAUUUUUUUACAAAGUUUUUGAUACAGCCUCAAAUUGUUUUAUUAAGAAAAAUAAAUGAAUAGUGUACUGCAAUUUGUAAAAGCAUAGCUUAGUAGAGAACUGAUUCAGUAUAUGUAUAUUAUUUUCUCAUGGGUCACUUACAUUUUUUUUCCCCCCCUCUAAAUUGAAAUUUGUUAGAUGUCCCAUAUCGUAUGUAAUCUUUUUUUUUUUUUCUUCUCUCCUGAUCACUUGUUUUCUUGGACAGUUAAAAUGACUCACUUUAUACCUGAUUUUUUUUUUUUUUUUUUUUUUUUCCUGUUUUUUGAAUGUGACCCUUUGCAAUAAUGUUAGGUGUGGUGAAGUGACGAGGAGAUGGUGCGGGCGAGAUGGGGAUGGUGAGCUGACCGUAACGGGCGGCGCUCAGAGUGCCAGGUUUUGCGCAGUCUGCAUUUGCAUCGGAGCUGGCCGUUGUGGAAUGGGGGUAACGGUGUCAGUUUUUAACGCUAAACGAUCCAACGACUAACCUAGCAUAGCGUCUCUCCAUUUAAUGGAGAGCAGUUGACCUUUUAUGCUACACAUAUACACUAUAAAAUAUAGAUUUAUUUUUUAAUCAAUAAGCUUGGGUUAUAAUCUAUUUUAAAAUGCUUCCAUUUACCAUGCAUUGAUUUAUCAAUAUUAAAUUCCACUGAGUUUUUAUUUUUAUUUUUUAAUUGCACCCUGGUUUGUCUGCUUUUUUUUUUGAAGCCCAUAUGGGCAUUACUUGGUUAAUGUCUUUCAUACUGACCCUUUCUGUUGUCAGAAGGAUGACUACUUUUAAAAAAACAUCAAUUAUAAAUCCUCUGUAAGUAAAAACUACUAAAUGGUAAACAAAAAGGUUAAAAGAGGAAGAAAAAAAAUGAAAUCAGUGUUUCUGUGCAGUGUUUCACCCUGACGUCCUGAGGAGAUGUGCGUUACUCUCAAGAUCCCAGCUCCCCCCAGUCGCUUGUACAAGGUGCUAAUGGAGUGCAGUGGAACCUUGGGUCGGGAUUAUGGGCUGAUGUUGAUGUUGCGGUGGGCGUGGCAGAGCUGAGAGGGUGACUCUGUGCAGGUGCUUUAUCAUUUAAUGGGAGUCACGGGUGGCGCUCAGGUGUUGGGCCUUGCUGCCAAGGCCACCCUGAUCAGGACCGGAGCAGCCGUACCUGUGACUGAGAUCUACAGUGAAUAUUCCGGAGCGUUGUUGUUUUGUAAGUGGCCUUGUGUAUUCCUAAUGCAACAGCUGUAUUCUUCAGUGCUUAGUGCGAAUCACACUAAGUUGCGGACUGUCUACCGCAACUGACUCAAACAAGGGUUGAAUGACAUGAUUUUGGAAUGAUUUGAGUUGGAGAAACCAAAGAUGUAAAUUUUAAAAUGGCAGUCUUCAGAUGUUUUAUUGCUACACUGUACGAGAAAUGCGAAAGGACUCGAGGUAGUUGCUGUAUGUAUUUGUUUCCAAAAUGUCCUGUACCUUAAAAUGCACAUUGCUCCAGUGGUUGCUGUGGCAGUUACUGCAGUGGAUUUAAAACACUAAUUUCUGCUCCUCUAUUUUGAGAAAUGUCCGACACUGAAGAAUACAGUGAACAGCAGACCUCCAUGUUUUCUACAGCGGAAGGCCAGUACAGCACAAAUAUCAAGAGCAGUUAAAUCUGUGUAACUGACUUGUUUGAGGUAGCUUGCUUCCUGGAACUAGCAUCAGGUUGGAUUAUGUGUCAUACUAACUUUUUUUUUUGUUUGCUUUUUGUUUUUCAACCCAUUGACUUUUAUGUUGCCUACAGAAAUAUAGGGAUUGGUGUCGUGUCAAAUCAUAUCAGCCUUACUUCUGUCUCUCUGCAGUACUCAAGCCUCUGAUGGGGGGCAGCUUCUCUUUUUCAUUGCAGUAGAAAGUAGCUUUUUGUUGCCCCUCCUUUGGGAUUAACUAGUCCUUAUAACUGGAAUGUUGAGGAUAUUAUCAUUUGUAUGAAGUGAGAAAAUAUUAAUAAGGUAGAUUUAUUUUUUAAGUGUUUUCUGUGGUACAGAAAGUUUUGGUCAGAUCCCAUUUCGUUUGACAUUUUUUUGCCUUUUACUUCCAACCCACCCCGCCCACACCCUCAACCCCAACCACAGCAGUGUGCCUGCACGACUUUCUGGCAGUACACAGUCUGGCCAUUACAGUGGCUCACAGGAGGAGCUUAUGGGGCCUCCACAUAAGAAAUCAAGUGAAUAAGCAAGACCCAAAACCUCAAAAGAGACCCGAGGAAGAGGUCGUCCUAGCAACGGUGGGGGGUGGGGGAGAUGAGAGUGAGAGAGUGGGCGAGAGAGCGAGAGGGAGCGAAUGGAUAACAAAACUCAAAUUGCUCAUACUUUGGGAAGCUGGAUAUUUGUCUGUUAACAUGGCAACUUCAACCUAAAAAUGGGGGUUCACACGAAUGCUCAAGUAAAGAAUAAUACAAAAAAUGCAUAGAAAAUGCAUUUUUUUCUUUUUACUGUUUUUAAUAGCAUUGUUUUAUUUAUGCUACUAGACACUGUAUGUUGAAAUCUUGUAUUAAAAAAGUGUUUUCACCAAA